CUCUUGUCAGGAGUGGUUUGCGUGUCGAGCUGCGUCUCGACAGCCCGAUCACGUUGUUUUCGUGUACUAAAAUACUAGUUAAUAUGAAGUACGUGUUGGUUUAUGUUUAGUUUUGACGUUUCUGACAAUGGACUUCCAGAGUGCUAUGGAGACUUUUGCUGAAGCCUGGGUGGCUGCUAAUACGAAAGGAGCUCCACUUGCAGAUCUAUCCACACAGAGUCAAGCUUUGGCAUUAACGAGAAAUUGUAAAACUCCUCCUCCCACUUCGGGUACAAAUGCCAACGAGAGAUCCAACAGAGAAUCAGCUGAACGAGAUUUAACCCCAAAUGCUGCUAGGUCUUCUACGUCUCUUGAAAAUACCGUAUCACCCCAAUCGAUCAAAGAAGAUUUUGACUCAUCAAAAAAUUCUUCAUCUGCUAAAUCAUUACCAGUUCACUGUAUAGUGGAAGCAAUAUGCUCUUUAGAGGAUAAUCGUGCUAUUCAGCAUGGCGUCUGGAGGCGACGCCCUAUCAUAGAAAUAGACACAUAUGUGAUCAUCCCUGUAGGAACACCAUUUCACAAUCUUGUUCAGGCAGCGCUCUUUAGGCUAGGAUAUUCUUCAGAAAGUGCAGCUGCUGCAAAGGGUUCAGUCCUCAUAAAAAAUUGGAAGGCGCUCAGCUUCGAUCAGAUUUCUGAUGAUCCUCUUAUAACCGUUGGUGAUAUACUCGGAGAACUUUCUACUGUAGCUACAUUAAGGAUACAGGUAUUCAGGGGCAGACCUGGGGUGCUAAAUGAAAUCAAGGACAAGUUGUUGAGGUUUCUGCUGCUCCAAUCCCAUGGGUUACUUCUUUCUUCUGGGUGUCCAUUAGAUGAGAUUCUUCUUUCACAGCUUUGCAGAAGUACUAAUUGUUCAGGAGGACCGUUACCAGAAAUAUCUGAAGAAAACCGUCGCAAAUUCGACCAAUGGUGGACUUCUCAAAUUAGCCCACAAUCUCCUGUUGGUAGAUCUCAAUUCGUACCAUCUUAUCCCAACCAAUAUUCGGUCCCUACACAAGCACCGACGCCACUGGAUCGUACAAUCACCGAUACCCAUCCGGCUAUGCAGACAGUCCAUAACCAAUUUCCUACUCAGAAGACUCGAAUGAGAACUAGUUUUGAUCCAGAAUUAGAGCUACCAAAGUUACAAAGGUGGUUUACUGAAAACCAACAUCCCAGUCGUCAACAAAUACAGCAAUACGUUAAGGAAUUAAAUAGUCUGGAAUCAAGAAGAGGUAGAAAACCGUUAGAUAUUAACAAUGUUGUUUAUUGGUUCAAAAACGCCAGAGCGGCUCAGAAGCGAGCUGAGAUUCGAAACGUGUCUACUCCUAACCUACAUCAUUUAGGAGUAAAUGGUUAUAAUAACCACAGUCCUACCAACGGAGGAUUCUUACUGACAGAAAAUUAUAUGAGUUCUGAUCGGUUGGCUGAACAUCGAUUAAAAAAUUACAAACUUACAAAAUUACAAAAUUCUCACACUUCUGACGAAUUUUCAAAUGCUGGGUCUGACAUGGAAGAUGACGAACUUAACGAGGGAGUACCCCCUAGCAGCCCUACGGGACCGUUAUCUCUUACUACAAGAAAGGAUUCUCGAGAAGCAAGUCCUAGAUCGUCUACACCUCCACCUCCUCCUGAUAUACAAAUCGAGAAUUGCAAGGAAGAACCGAAAGAUGAGAUGCCGCAGUUUAAUUCUAACUCGACCGAACACGUCAACAACAAAAUGCUGUCGGACGACGCAGAGGACGAGGAGAUAGAUGGUGUAACAUCGUCACCGGUGAGCAGGCGAUUCUGUAAUUCCCCUCAGGACGUGGAUAAUCAGCUUAUACCCCGGACCCCAGACGGCCUAGACAGAUUAGCUGGAUUUCCAGUCCUCCCUAAUUCGAUGUUCAGCCAUAGUAUUAUGUAUAUGAGUCAUUAUAUGCCGGGAUUAUCCCACUCGGCAACGUCGCCUCCUAGUUCAUCCCUUGCCAUGUCUGGUUUGACCGCUGACGAACGCAGGAAGAGAAACCGCACGUUCAUAGAUCCCGUCACUGAAGUUCCGCGGCUCGAACAGUGGUUUUCGCUUAACACCCAUCCCUCGCAUAAUUUAAUUUUAAAAUAUACCGAAGAGCUUAAUUGUAUGGCAUAUAGGCAAAAAUUUCCUAGAUUAGAACCCAAGAAUGUUCAGUUUUGGUUCAAAAACAGGAGAGCCAAAUGCAAGAGGCUCAAAAUGUCUCUUUUCGAUAACCAAACUGGAACUUAUCACCAUAGUGAAAGAGAUUAAAUUACUUAAGGAUUUUGACACAAUUAGAAUUUUAUUAUUAAGCAAUGGGUUUUCGGUUUUAUAAAUUAAGGAAUUAACAUUUAAAGACUAGAAUCAGUAAAGCAUAAAAUUAAGAAUGGCAGUUGACUUGAAAAGUGGUAUGUAAAAAAAAUAUUUUUCUUUUCUUGUUUAAUUCGUUUACUGCAUCGAAUUGAGUUUAGAUACCGCGUUUGCUAACUCUUCAGUCCAUUUCCUCGGGUCCUUUCUUUCGACUAGAUACCUCUUUUGAUUUAUAUUUUCUUCAUUUAUCCAUCCUCUCCUAGGCCUUGCUAUUUCUUUUUAUUCUUCUACCUAUUUCCAGAGCUUUCCUUAUUGCCGUCAGAUAGUAACCGAUUUAGGUGUUCCAUUUUCGCAUACAAACCUGUGCAUUAAAAAUAUUAAAUUGCCCUUAAAAAAAUUGUAUAUGUGUUCCAAUUGCAGACGCACAAUUAAACAUAAGUGUUGUUUUUAUAAACGAAUAUUAAACGUCAAGUGUGAUUGAUUCAUUUACAAAAAUAUAAUUCGUAAAAAUAAACAAAGAUGAUUCUUAUUGCUUAUUUCUUGAAACUUCAAUUCUAAUUUAUGUUUCGUAAAAUAUAUAGCUUCUAUUGCUUAUUACAUAAAACUUUAAUUGUGUCUCGUCUUUAAAGUAAUUGUAUAUUUUUAAGAAUACGGCGGUUUUACAAACGGACUGAAUAUUCAAAUGUUUUUUGGCAAAUCUCAGUAUUUCUGUGGAAAUAAACUGUAAUGUUUUUCAUUAUUGUCGAUAUCUGUGUAUCAAUCCCCUCACAAAUAAUUUAAAAUUAAAUGUACCUGUUCGUAAAUGAACUAUCGCCUAAAAAAAUUGUGCCGAGGCUAAACAAAUAUUUAUUGACUAUUUAGAGCGUUUUGUUUUCGAAUUAUUUCGUAUUAUUUCAAAAGUGGAAAUCAGAAGUUAAACGAUUCUGAUUUAUAUUAAGACAAUAAUUACUAUUACAUGCCAAUUGUUUUUUUUUAUCAUUUUUAUUUGGUAUAGGUAUAUCUAUAUUAUUUAAGCCGUUCUAAAUCGGUAGAUAAUUUUUAAUUUAGUACAAAAAGUGAUAAGAAAAUUACCAAAACUCUAAUAAAAAAUAUAUUAUGUUCCUUACGAAGAAAAUGGACAACUUUGUUAUUCUUUUUAAACACAUUUUUCAUUCUCAACUAAAGAUGCGUAUAAACAGCGCGCUAGGCCUACGUCGUUCCAACAACAUACCAAGUACGUUAGAUUUUUCCGGGGCUGUUAGUCUACCACGCGGCCUGCAGAACAGUAUCGAAGCUUUCCAUCGCGCGGUAGACCCACACCACCAUACAAAUUUGGCGAACCUGGCCCGUUUUUAACCUAUGCACGGCGCAGGCAUGACGCGCUAUAUUUAUACGCGCUCUAAUAGAGAACAAUAUGGAAGAAUCAUAAAAAUAAAUUUAAAACAGGCUGUCCCAACGGACAAAAUCAUGGGGUCAAAAUCUGAUGAUCUGCUACUACCCCGAUAAAAUUUUAAUAAAACCUUUGAAAAUUUGAAAACCCUUACUUCGUAAAUUUGGUUGAGCAAUAAAUUAUCGUAGUAUCAAGGUUUUCAAAUCAACUAUGAGUUAUAAAACCCACAAAGGACCAGGCAUCUGACUAAAAUGUCUUGAUGUUGGUAAACUCUGUAUGCUAUGUUUAUUAAAAUUUUACCUAUUUUAUAUUUAUAUAUAAAAUAUGUAUAGUUUGUAAAUCAUAUAGUGUGAUUCAAAUAUGUAAAGAUAAAAACCAGGAAAACUUUCACCUUGUCUCGCCCCAUAUUUAAAAAUUCCUUUAGUUAAAUUGCGUAGUUUUUUUACAUUAACUUUUUUUUGAAUUUGCUAAUAAAGUAUAAAAGUCAUAUGAACUAUGAUCAGUUAAGCCGUUUAUUUUGAAAGUGGCUUAAGUCCAUUUAUACUUAAAUUAAGAUAUUCAUUAUCGAUAAUGUCCGAAGGAAGUGAUGAAGGUAAUUUCAAUUAAUUAGUAUUUAACAAGUUAACCUAAGUUUUUGGACAAUUGCAUUAGUUGAAUAAUCAGUACGUUUAAUUAAUGCAGUUAAACAAAAUUUACACAAACUCUUAGAUAUCUCAAUUUAAGUAUAAAUGGACUUAGGUCACUUUCAAAAUAAACGGCUCAGUUUUUGAAAUAUGAGAUAUAAAACUUGGUAAUGAUAUAUGAACAAUUAAACUCGUUUCCUCACCACCAAAUUUUAAACUAGUUUUUGAUGCGUUUUGUACUUUACCAUCCAGUUUCAUUUAACAAGCAGAAUUUGAAAUAACUUAAAACCAAAAACAACUAAAUUAUAUCAGAACAAAAAUUUAGUUUAAUUCUUUGAAAUUUGCAGAAAACUUUAAUUUACAAUAAGCAUGUCCUCUCUAAAAAGUAUUCGUUUAAUAUAAGUUUUCUAGAAUUUGUGUAUAUUUUCUGGGGCAACCUUUCUGUGUUAUCAACUAUACAGUAUGAUGUAAAAGUACGGAAUAAAUUUCGGAAAUAGAAGACUUUUGAGAAAAAUCCUGAAACAUCGAUUGAGUGAUAAUUAUUAUUGAUAAUUCAGCAAUAUGAAAAUGAAUAAACCGGACAUCGAUCUUAACACUCUCUUAUGGAAACAAAAAUUGUUAAAUAAUUUAAAGUGUGGCGCCUCAUAUGAAAACCAUUUUAUAAGUAACUCAAUGCACCACAUAACGUUAUCCUAAAUAUCUCCUAGAACUUUUAAAUAUUAUAAUGCUAACUCUGUAAUAUUUUUUAAUUAGGUUCAUGUUUAAUUUAUUUAUAUGUUAUAUGGUGCUCUGAUAUAUUUAGCUUCCAUUUGAGAUGACACCUUUCAAAUUAUUUAAUAAUUUUUAUAUCCCCAACAGGGCGUUAAGAUCGAUGUCUAGAUUUAUUAAUUUUCUUGCUCUUGAAUUUUCCAUAAAAUUACCUUUUACAUGGCUUCUGUUUCUAUCUAAGAAAUCAUCGAUUGCAUCAACAGUCAAACAAAGGUGACGUAAUUUUUUUCGCAAGUACGUCAAAGAAUGGGUAUUUAAAAAUAAAAUCGACAUGUUUCGAACUUAGUCUUAAACGUCGAUAAUUUUAAAAAUAAUGUAUUCCAUACUUUUGCUUCACACUGUAUAAUUUAAAGUAUUGUAGAUGGAUACUGAAACCAUAGAAUAUUUCUUACAAUUGUGUACAAAAAACUAUCUGGGCAUGAAUGGUGGAGAAACGAGUCUAUUACUAAAGUUAUAUAGUUCAUAUCUCAAAAACUGAUCACAUAGUAAGUUCAUAUAGUGUUUACAUUUUAUUAGCAAACUCAUAAUAAAGUAAAUUAAAAAAAAACGCAAUGUUUAAAUAUAUAGCAAGAUAAGGAAAAACCAUUUUUUUUUUCUAGUUUUUCUCGUUCCGUCUUUUUUGAAUCACACUAUAUAAUAAGCAAAAUUUUAUUAAAAACAGCAUACAGGUCUACCAACUUUUUGACUCACUCUGUACAAAAUGUAAUAAUCCCUAAUUUUGAUUAUUUAAGGCAAAGCUAUUUCAGCGUGCUAUUAAUUUGAAGAAUAUUCUCAUGCUAAAAGUAAAAUUAAAAAUUAAAAUUUGAUUUUCAGUAAUUUAUGACUCACCCUAUAACUAAUAAUAAUUUUCGUUAUUUGUUAUGCUGGGAAUAUUGUUUGAUGUCAGUAAAGCAUUAUUCUGAAAAAAUAUCUGUAAUCAUAGUAGUUUGUUAAGAGGCACGCCCUUUUUAAGAAAUGCCCCAAAUUGCAACUUCAAAAAUUAACAAAAAUUCACUGCAUAGGCCGACUGCCUGGUCUUUUGCCGUGAUUUACAAUAACUGUCAAUCACUGAUAAAAAGUCAGGUCAACAAACUUUGUUGCCAAUCGACCACCAUUUUUAGCCAAAUAUUGUAAGAAAUUAAAUAUAAUUUUAUCAAAUCUUUAACACGCCUGUAACUCUUUAUACGAUAUUUUAGCCAGAUCGUCACAUUUUCACUCUAAGAUUCUGUCAUUUGCCUAUGUCCAUUUAUUAUUGGGAUAUUAUAGUGUCCAGUAGGUUAUAAUUUUUAAUACAACAUGUAAUUUAUAUAUUUUAUAGAAUUGAAUCAGGAAAAAAUAUUUUUUAUUAAGUCGGGUCCAGAUUUAUGUUGGUUUUUAAAUUUAAGCGGCAAAGGUAGGCAACUAACAUUUUACAGUAGUAAUGUGUGUUGUAUAUACAUGUAUUAAAUAUUAGAUUUCUCUUAAAAUUUGUGUUAUUUUACAUUAUACCAAAGAUUGUUAAAUAAAUAAAUACCUAGUUGCCAAUCAAACUUCCACCCUUGUAUUAUGCUAAAUACUUAAAUACCUAGUUGUCGUGUAUGUUGUAGUUUAUAAAAAAUACAAUGUCUUUGUGAAGCGAAUGUGU